AUGGCAGAUACAGGGGAACAGGGCGAAUCGGUCUCUGAGCCUCUCGAUCUCGUGCGAUUGUCGCUGGACGAGAUUGUGUUUGUGAAGCUGCGUGGUGACCGAGAACUCAAGGGCAGACUACACGCAUAUGACAGUCAUUGCAACCUCGUACUAGGCGAAGUGGAAGAGACUAUCAUGACUGUGGAGGAGGAUGAGCAGGGACAAGAAAGUGUGAAGACAAUCAAGAAGCAAUCCGAGAUGCUUUUUGUUAGAGGUGACUCGGUAGUCCUCAUCUCUCCACAAUCUCCUUCGUGA